AUUCCUCUCUUCUUUUACUACUGCUGUAACACACUACCAACCCAUGGAUAAAUAUCAGAAAAUAGAAAAGCUAGGUGAAGGCACGUACGGUAUCGUUUAUAAAGCACAAAAUCGAGACACAAACGAAGUUGUAGCCUUAAAACGUAUUCGACUGGAUAAUGAAGAAGAAGGAGUUCCAUGUACUGCGAUCCGAGAAAUAUCGUUACUAAAGGAAUUAAAACAUGUCAACAUUGUCAGGCUUUACGAUGUUUUACAUACUGAAAAGAAGUUGACGUUGGUGUUCGAGUAUUUGGACUCUGAUUUAAAGAAGUUUCUGGAUUCCUACGGUGGCGACAUUGAUAUUAUAACUAUUAAACAAUUGAUGUACCAGCUGCUGAAAGGAAUCGCAUUCUGCCAUGAACACAAAGUGCUCCACAGAGAUUUAAAACCGCAGAAUUUACUCAUCAACAAAAAAGGGGAGCUCAAGCUUGGUGAUUUUGGUCUCGCUCGAGCAUUCGGUAUACCUGUCCGUAGUUAUUCGCAUGAGGUUGUCACGUUAUGGUACCGUGCACCAGAUGUAUUAAUGGGCUCCCGACAAUACUCCACGUCUAUCGAUUUAUGGUCUGCUGGAUGUAUCUUCGCAGAAAUGGCGUCCGGACGACCCCUAUUCCCAGGCAGCUCUAUUCCAGAUCAACUGCAGCGCAUUUUCAAAGUGUUAGGGACCCCCACCGAAGAGACAUGGCCUGGCGUAUCUCAAUUACCCGAAUAUAAGCGUGACUUCGAGAUGUUUGCCCGGAUACCUUUAGAAACACUUCUCCCGAAAUUGGAUUCCUUAGGCAUCGACUUAUUAAAACAACUCCUUCAAUACCCGCCCGACAGACGCAUAACUGCCAACGAUGCCCUAAAUCAUCCGUACUUUGACGAUCUUCGGAAAAAAGAGCAAAACAUCGAGAACAGCCUCAGAGUUGCAAACGAUACAAAAUGAAGUAACUGACAGCACAACACCGAUUAUAUGACUCAACUUCCAGCAUCACCCUUCUAUACAACCAUACAUAUUAUAAUUACAUUCAUAAAUAAAAAAAAUCCAGUACUGUAA